UUUAGUAUUUUACAGUAAUUUUGAUGAUGAAGACGUAACUCUCAGACAUUUAUUGUGUGCAUAGUGAAUUUGCGUAGUUUUUUUUUUUUUAUUUUUUUAAAUCAAAAAUAUUUUGGUAAACGUCUUUUUUGAUGUGAUAUUCAAUUGAAAUUGAGACACCGAAUACUAAUAGUGAUCGCAUAAAAUAUAAUCUGCAGCAAUGAGUGCUGAUUUUAUGAAAAAAUUCCAAACAAUGAAUCCGGAUCACAUCGAUUUUCCGAAACAGAGACAUCAAGCAAAUGCUAGAGAGAGCGUCAACUCAGCUUUUAGUAAAUUACGACAUCUUAUACCAACAGAACCGAUUGACAGAAAGUUAUCCAAAAUCGAAACAUUACGCCUUGCACAAAGCUACAUUGAUCAUUUAGCUGCUGUCCUAAUAACGGGAAACCCAAAUCAACCCUGCUCAAACAUUUUUCAUGGUGACUAUGAGAAGGUGAAUCAUUUCCAGAAUCGAUCAAAUAUCUGUACGUUUUGUGUGUGGCAACGAAAAUUGAAUCCGAAAUAGUUAAAUUGAAGUUGAAUGUACAUGUAAGUGACAGAAAAAAAAAAUUAAUAAAAAAAAAUUGAAAUUA